AUGGCUUCGAAAAAAAGAUCGGCCAGAGCCUUCCACGACCUCGGUGCAGACCCCAAUGCGCCCAAUGGCAACCCCCUCAUGUCGCCGGACCUCUCACAGCCCAUGUACGGGGUUCCUCCUGCCGGCCAAGUUGCAGCUGAUUCUCCCUACGGAGGAGCCCAGUUCGGUUACGAGGCCCACAAUCCAGCCAUUCCUCAUGGACAACCUGCCUACGGUCAUGCUGCCUCCCCUGCUGUGUCUCAUGGAGCCCCUCUGGCCCAUUCUUUUGCUCAGAUGAGCCUGAACGCCUCGGAACAGGAGGGGUUCGGCCACGACGCAGCAAACCCUUCUCUGGAGCGUGGCAACCAAGGAAUUCCUUCGCUGGCAGCUCGACGAAACGAUGCGCGAGAAUACACCGCUCGAAAACCCGUGUUCAAAACGUUUCAGAACACCCUACCCCCUCCUGCCACCGCCGAAUAUCUCUGUGAGGAUCAGGGAGUGUCUGCUCCUCCCUUUUGUCGUCUCUCCAUGUACAACGUGCCAGUUUCCGAUCAGCUGCGGUCUCUGACUAAGCUGCCCCUCGGUAUGGUGGUCAAGCCCUUUGCUGAACGAGACGUUCCCGUGGCCGACUUCUCGCAGAUCGAGCCCUUCCGAUGUCGACGAUGCAUGGCCUUCAUUAACCCGCAGUUCCUGUUCUCUAACGGCGGAUCUCGAGCCGUCUGUAACAUGUGCCAGUUCCCCAAUGCGGUUCCCGGAGAGUACUUCCAGCCCACCGACCACAACGGAGCUCGAGUCGAUGUCGCCGAACGAGCUGAGCUGUUUGCUGGCACCUACGACAUGGUCGUUCCCGACUCUUACUACCCCGAGGGAGACUCUCGAGAACCCGUCAAGCACCUGUUUGUCAUUGAUGUGUCGGACGAGGCUAUCAAGAAGGAGCUGCCCUCUCUGGCUGCCGAGGCUAUCAGAAAAGCCCUUGAUGAGGACGAUACCCCCAAGAAGAUCGGUAUCAUCACCUUCGACCACGCUCUGCAGUUCUACAAUCUGAAUGCGGAUCUGGAGAAACCCCAUAUGGUCGUUUCUAAUGAUCUAAAGGACCCCUUUGUGCCCUUUGAGGACGGUCUGUUUGUGGACGCCCAGGAGUCGCGGCAUGUGAUUGAAGAUCUGCUCCCCCGGCUGCAGUCCAUGUUUGAGGGCUACAAGUACGCCGAGUCUGCCUUUGGAGCAGCUGUUUCCACUGCCCACAAGGUGCUGUCUGCGUUUGGAGGAGGAAAGGCCCAUCUGGUUCUCGGAUCAACCCCUACCUGGGGUCCUGGAAGUGUUUUCCCUAACAACCUCGAAAAUCGAAAAACUGCGUCCAAGGAGCCCAAGAACUUUGACUGCAAGGACCCUUUCUACACCGAGCUGGCGGGCAAGUACGCCAAGGACGGCGUGGGUCUGGAUGUGUUUGUCAUGCCCAGCAGUGUCACUGAUCUGGUCACUCUAGGCUAUAUUUCUGCCAAGUCUGGCGGAACCACCAAGCAUUACCCAAACUUUGUGCCCAUUCGAGACGGCAAGCGGUUCAUGGCUGACUUGGCCCACUCCGUGACUUCUCUUCGAGCUUGUGGAGCCAAGCUCAAGGUCCGAUGCUCCACGGGUCUGCAGGUUGCCGCCUAUUACGGCAGCUUCCACUCCGACGACUGGCAUAUUGAGCCCGAUGUGGGAUCUGUCGACUCCGACAGCACUUACGGCAUUCUGUUUUCGUACGACGGAAAGCUCGACACCAAGCUGGAUGCCCACUUUCAGACUUCGCUGCUGUAUAAGCAUCUGGACGGUACUCGACGUCUGCGAGUUAUUAACGUGCUUGCUGGAGUCACCGAGCAGUUCAAGCCUGCAAUUAACUUUGUCGAUGCCGAUGCUUGCUUCUCCAUCAUGGCCCGAAACCUGUUUUCCAAGGUCACCUCCACCACUCUCAAGGAGGCUCGGUUUGGUCUCAAUGAGCGACUGGUGGAAGUGUUUGCCUCUUACCGAAAGAACACCACCGAGGUUCUCCCUGCUACACAACUGCUCCUACCCACUUCUCUGCGACCUCUGCUGAUCCAGUCUCUUGCGCUGCUCAAGUCUCCUCUUCUGCGAGACACUGUGACUUCUCUGGACAGACGAAUCCAGUACCUGCGAGAAGCCAACAACAGCGACGUGGACAAGUUUUCUUACAUGCUCUACCCUUACCUUUUCGCUCUGCAUAACAUGCGAGAGAUUGACGGAAGUGCUAUUGAGAACGGCCAUUUUGUUCUGCCCGAUUCUCUGGCUCCCUCUCUGGCCUCUCUGGAGGAAGGUGGUGCAUACAUGCUCUUCAACGGCGAGAAGCUUUAUUUAUGGCUUCCCAGUACUGUUUCUCCCCAGCUGCUUAACGAUCUGUUUGGUGAGGACAACAACAUCACCCGGGACCUGGACCCUUAUAUGAACUCCAUUCCCGAGGUCGACAGCCACAUCAACAAGCAGGUUCGAGCUCUAGUGGCCCACUUUGAGGGUCUUCUGGGCAUCAGCCAUCUCAACGUUCAGCUGUGUCGACCCAACCUGGAUGGUGCUGAGAUGGAGUUCCAGUCUCUGCUGGUGGAGGACCGAAACAUGGGCGAGUACGCCUACACGGACUUUGUGUCUCACAUUCACCGACACGUCAAGUUGAUGAUGGAGAACAGCAGCAUGAAGAUGACUAGCAAGACGCUUUUGAAUGAUGCCAUCGGAUACAGGGAGGCUGGCUUGUGA